GAUCUUCAUGUUGCUAAACCUGAUUUGAUGGAAUGUACAGAUUUGACUUCAUGCGUGGAGUUGUCUGGGCAAGUGGAAAGAGGUAAUGUACCUUACAAACCAUGGGGAAGUUAAAGUAUUGGGGCAGUGUCUUUCUGUAACAGUAGGUGGCAGUAUUAUGUUUCUGAUGUUUUCUGCAAGGCAAUGAUGACAGUUGAAAUUUCAACAUACUGUGUGCUAUUUAACCACAAGAAAGCAAGGGAAGUAGGGUCAGAGUGAGACCAGGCAGCCCAGAGGAUGAGCACUGAGGCUUUGAAUCGCUCUGAAGUGUUUGGACAGCUCAGGAGGGAGCUCUAUGGAGACCAGCCAUCCAGUCAGUACAAGGCACACAUUUUCAUCAUCCUGGGAGCUUCAGGAGAUCUUGCUAAGAAGAAGAUCUAUCCAACGCUAUGGUGGUUAUUCAGAGAUGGCCUGCUCCCAGAUGAGACCUACUUUGUGGGUUUUGCUCGGUCCAUUCUGACCGUACAGGACCUCAAGACAGCAUGUCUGCCUCAUAUGAAGGUGACUGAUGAGGACAGUGAGUGUCUUUCCACUUUCUUCAGUAAGAACUCCUACCUGAGCGGCAGGUACGAUGAUGGCAGCUCAUUCGCUCAGCUCAACACUCAUUUGUCAUCUCUUCCUGGUGGAGCCGAUGCCAACCGACUAUUCUACCUGGCCCUGCCACCCACCGUUUACCAUGAUGUCACUACAAACAUCAGAGGCCACUGUAUGAGCCAGAGAGGCUGGAACCGGGUCAUUGUUGAGAAGCCUUUUGGUCGUGACCUCCAGACCUCACAGGAGCUGUCAGCCCACCUCUCCUCCCUGUUCACAGAGGACCAAAUCUACCGCAUAGACCACUACCUGGGAAAGGAAAUGGUCCAGAACCUCAUGGUUCUCAGGUUUGGAAAUCGGAUCUUUGGACCUAUAUGGAACAGGACCAGUGUGGCCUGUGUGGUCCUGACUUUCAAGGAGCCAUUUGGUACCCAAGGCCGCGGAGGCUACUUUGAUGAUUUUGGUAUAAUUCGGGAUGUCAUGCAGAACCAUUUGCUUCAAAUGCUUUGUUUGGUUGCCAUGGAGAAGCCUGCCUCCACCGACCCUGACGACGUGAGGGAUGAGAAGGUGAAGGUAUUGAAGUGCGUCGCUCCUGUCACUGCGUCAGAUGUGGUGCUCGGCCAGUACGUGGGGGACCCUGAGGGGGAGGGCCAAGCCAAGCUCGGUUACCUCGAUGACCCCACUGUUCCAGAGGGAUCCUGCACACCGACUUUUGCAACUGCAGUGCUUUAUGUCCGUAAUGAAAGAUGGGACGGAGUUCCUUUUGUUCUGCGUUGUGGUAAAGCUCUGAAUGAGCGAAAGGCUGAAGUACGCCUGCAGUUCACUGAUGUACCGGGCAACAUCUUUGUCGAACGCUGUCAGAGGAACGAACUGGUGGUGCGGGUUCAGCCCAAUGAGGCCAUUUACCUGAAGAUGAUGACCAAGAGACCUGGUGUCUAUUUCAGUCCUGAAGAGACUGAGCUGGACCUCACCUACAGGAGCAGAUAUAAGAAUGUGAAACUACCAGACGCUUAUGAGAGACUGAUACUUGACGUCUUCUGUGGAAAUCAGAUGCACUUUGUUCGCAGUGAUGAAUUGCGGGAAGCUUGGAGGAUCUUCACCCCACUCCUCCACCAAAUAGAAGAACAGAAGACGCAUCCCAUACCGUACACAUAUGGAAGCCGUGGUCCAAAUGAGGCCGAUGAGCUGGUGAAACGGGUCGGAUUUCGCUAUGAGGGAACAUACAAGUGGGUGAAGCCCCACACCACAUGAUGCCUUCUGUCGCACACAUACUCACAUGAACACUGUAGGCAUGUUUACAAACAAUAAAGUCAUUUUUUGCUGCCGUCUCACUGUUCAAGGUCUUCUGCAUGAACAAAAUCCCACCUUUAUAUCUCAAUCGUGUAGAUAAAUUGACUACAGUAGCCUGAUUUGAGUGUUCACCUGUAAAUUUGAAAUCAAAAUAAAUUGUC